AUGGGCUGGCUUGGGGGCUCGGUGGUGGAGAGCUUCAAGUUCCUCCACUACGCCAAGGACCUGGUCAAGUACAAAGCCCGUGUGGAGGCGGCGCCGGGUCAGAAGGGCGGCAGCGCCGACUUCUUCCUGGAGUCCAGCGAGGUGGCGGCCAACGGCGCGGGCGCAGAGCCCACGCCGGCGGAGGUGGGCGUGCGCUUCCAGCCCUCUAUGCUGGGGGAGUGCCGGGCGCUACUGGUGAUUUCUGGCCCCGGGGGCGGGGAGUACAAAGCGCUGCUCACGGGCUUCGCCCAGCCGCCGCAGCCGCAGGGGCCGAUCACCAUCAUGAACGGGAAGCAGGGCGUGGUGGAGUUCCGCAACCCCUUCGACAAAGCCACGGACUUCUCCCUCCAGGUGGACAACCCGACCUUCAUGGUCCCGAUGCGCACGCAGAGGAUCGACCCGCAGAAGUCGGUGAACAUCUCGGUGAACUUCAAGUCCGACAGGCCUCAAGGCGGGCGCCUGAUCAUCUCCUGCGACAAGGUAUCGACGCCUUGGAUCUUCUUUCUGAAGGGGGAGUAG